AUGAAGUCUUCAAACAAGGGUGAAGAGAAGAAGAAGCGGAACAGUAACAACAGCAGUAAACAACUUCACAAUAUUGAUAACACUGAAAAAAGGAACAAUACAAAAUGCUAUAAAGUUUGUCUAGCAAAAUUACGUGAAAAUCUCCUUCUCUUCCUCGACUCUAUAUCAAUACGUGGAUGUAAUCGUAUUGUCAGAGCUCAGACUAGCUUUAUUCGACUCUUGUGGAUAUUCUAUCUUGUCUUUACAAGUUUAUUUCUGAUAUUCUCUGUUGUUCGACUAAUCAAUGAAUAUCGUACUUAUUCUGUAAAUAUACAAACAUAUGUUGAUAUGGAUGCACCAUCAGAUUUUCCUGCUAUCACAUUUUGUAAUCAUCAACCAUUUUCAAGUAAAGCCUAUCAAUUAUGGCGUACAGGUGGAAUUAUUUCACCAACAUAUUUUAGUAAACUGUUACGUAAUGCAGCAGAUUUAUAUUUCAAUGAAAGUCAAUUAAAUAAUCGAUCAUUUCCACCUGAAGCUGGUCUAUUUGCAUUUGUAUUCGAUACAGUUAAAAUGUAUUAUCAAAAUUUAGACUGGCCAAAACCAAAAUGGCUUGGACAUGAACGUAAUCAAAGUAUAUAUAUGUGUUUAUUUCGUUAUGCUGGUGGAAAUUUAGUUAUCGGUGGACCAGGUUGUCAUGAUCAUAUGAUUAUAGUUCGAGAAUUAUCACAUCCACAUCAUUUCAAUUGUCAUACUGUUGAAGUAAAUCAACAGUAUAGUCGAAAUGUACAAGAAUUAGGCUUGAUCAUUUGGUUAGGACCACAAGAAGACUAUGAUGUUCAAUUUAGACAAGCUUUUCUUUUAGAUUUAUUUGAACAAGCCCAUGGAUUACGUGUUGCUAUUCAUGAACCCGGUCAAUUGGCUAAUUUAGACAGUCAAGGUAUACAAAUUGAACCGGGUAGAAUGAAUGAAUUGAAUUUUGAAGCGAAUAAAAUUAUACAUCAACAAACACCACGUAAACCUUGUAUCCAGGAUCCAAAACACAAGUACACAGAUCUGGAAGAAGAUUACAAUUAUGAAUUUGAUUUAUGCUUAAAUACUCAUUUACAAAAUCUACUUAUUCAACAAUGUUCUUGUUUAUACGCUUAUCUGCCACGUGUAAAAGUUCCAAAUUUGAAUCUACCCUAUUGUGGUCGCUUGAUAUCAGCGCAUAAUGCUACAUUGGACACUGUUGAUAUAUUUGCACGUAAAGAAUGUGUACAUAAUAUACUGAGUAAAUCAGCCAUUUUAAAGAAAUCUUUUGAAGAUAACGGUCUAUGCCUAAGACGUUGUGAAUGUGUUGACUAUGAGAGUACUGUGUCUGUGACUACUUGGAGAUCAACACGAUGGCAACUCUAUUGGAGUCAAGAGACGUCAGCAGCGCUUGAUGAAGUCUUCAGUUUACCGAUAGAAGCACAAAAAUUGAAAGAUAACAACAAAGCUUUGCAUAAUUUACAAGCUUAUUUUCGUACAGAUAAUCUUUCAUCAAUAUCAUCUAAUCUGUAUGGAACAGAUAGUUUGACUGAAGCAUACGGUUUCAGUGAUCGAUAUACAUACUUAUUAGUGAAACGUAAGAGUAAUGAUACAAUUGUGAAGGCGGAAACCCUAGUUCUUACAUUAAAUGCAUUAGUUAGUCGUAUUGGUGGAUUGUGUUCAUUAUACAUUGGCAUGACAUUUGCCGUGUUUAUUGAAUUCAUUGAAUUCUUCUAUAUAUUCCUGUUACGUAAUGGAUUAUUAACAGCUCAAAAAAUUCAACAAAAUAAUUCAAAUAAUGAAAAACAACAUUCUGAACUAAAAUCUGAUCAAAAUUAUGAGUUGAAUAAAGGUAUCUCAGCAAAUUCAUCAACACAUUUAAAUUAUAGAAAGUCUAUUCAUCAACUUCUUACACAAAAUAAUUGUAAGGAUAACAGAGACUCGACUGAUUAUCCCUUGCAUCCAGAAUUUGAAUUUCCCACAUGUGAAUUCACAGACUUAAACAAAACUUUUGAUGGUGAUGAUGAUGAUGACAAUAAUAAUAAUAAUAAUAAUAAUAAUAAUAAUAAUAAUAAUAAUAAUAAUAAUAAUAAUAAUAGCGAUGAUAAUAAUGAUAAUGAUGCACCUGUGAUUUUCAAAAAACAUAACACCAAUUCACCUGAAUCUCUUAACUUAUUGAAACCAUUGAACGACGAGUAUUUAAUUGAUUUAAAGAAAGACAAUUUGAAAAUUAAUUCAAUAGAAGAUGAAUUAUUAUAA